CCCAGCCUCCAACCUGACCCUCCAGUCCCACCUGACCCGAAGUGCACACGCCUGCUUUGUCCCAUUCUUUCUGGCCUCCCUGUAUCCAGGUUUCCCGAGACACCAAGCUAGACUUCCUGCUGCAGCCUUGCGCUGCCUUAGCGAGACAGCAGGAGCAGCCAGGGGGUGGCCUCCCAGAUCCCGCAUCUCCAAGUCCCGGCGCGGCCCAGGUGGAUGCGCGCGUCGGAGGGCGGAGUCCCCGUGCUCCCCGCCCCCUCCCGGCCGCCCAUUGGCCCAGCGUGCGCCGGCCCCGCCCGAUUGGCCGCGGGGCCGCGUCCCGGCACAGUGGGCAGCUGCGCCGCGCGUGCCUCUCAGUCCCGCCGCGGCCCAGGCGAGAGCAGCGGGCGCCCGGGCGGGGCGGCCGGGUAAGGGCGCCGAGGAGCCGCUCCCGCCGCCCACCCGGGCCGCGGCGGGGCCGGGGCAGCGGACAAAGGGCCAUGCGGGGCCGCUGGCGCUGAUGCGGCGGGGAUGUGGAGACAGCCCUGAGCGCGGCGCGAUGCCGUGGUUCCCGGUGAAGAAGGUCCGUAAGCGGAUGAAACUGCUGCUGCUGCUGCUGCUGCUCACCUGCGCCGCGUGGCUCACCUACGUGCACCUGAGCCUGGUGCGCCAGGGCCGCGCGAUGCGCCAGCGGCUGAGCCACGCGCGAGAUGGUGAGAAGCUGGCCGGUGUGACAGAUGGUCGGGGUGUCCCAGUGGUACCAUCCACGCAGAGGGUAGAAGACUCCAGUGAGAGUCAGGAGGAGCAGGUGCCCGAAGAUCAGUUUGCAGAUGAACUGUUUCCUGGCGGGGUCAGGAAGCUGCCCCCAUUGAACCUCACUCAUCAGGUGCCCAUGUGGCGGGAAGAGUACAAGGGGAAGGUGAACCUGCAUGUGUUUGAAGACUGGUGUGGGGGCGCUGUGGGCCACCUGAGGAGAAACCUGCACUUCCCACUGUUCCCCCACACCCGCACCACUGUGAAGAAGCUGGCCGUGUCCCCCAGAUGGAGGAACUAUGGGCUCCGGAUCUUCGGCUACAUCCACCCUGCAAGAGAUGGAGACAUCCAGUUCUCAGUGGCUUCAGACGACAACUCUGAGUUCUGGCUCAGCCCAGAUGAGAGCCCAGCAGCUGCCCAGCUUGUGGCCUUCGUGGGCAAGACUGGCUCUGAGUGGACAGCACCUGGAGAAUUCACCAAGUUCAACUCCCAGGUGUCCAAGCCCAGACGGCUAAUGGCCUCCCGGAGAUACUACUUUGAACUGCUUCACAAGCAGGAUGAUCAGGGUUCAGACCAUGUGGAAGUGGCUUGGCGCACCUACCUGCCGGGCCUGAAGUUUGAAGUCAUCGGCUCUGCUCACAUCUCCUUGUACACAGAUGAGUCAGCUCUGAAGAUGGACCACGUGGCCCAUGUGCCCCAGUCUCCAGCCAGUCACGUUGGGGGCCGCCUGCCCACAGAGGAGCCCAGCGCAGACAUGCUGCGGCCAGACCCCAGGGACAGCUUUUUCCUCACACCCCGGAUGGAGCCCUCAAGCUUGGAGAGUGUGCUGGAGCCCUGCACCUAUGCGCCCACCUACGUUCUCAAGGACUUUCCCAUCGCAAGAUACCAGGGGCUACAGUUCGUAUACCUGACCUUCGUGUAUCCCAAUGACUACACCCGCCUCACUCACAUGGAGACGGAAAACAAGUGCUUCUACCGCGAGUCUCCCCUAUACCUAGAAAGGUAUGGAUUCUACAAAUACAUGAAGAUGGACAGGCACGAUGGGGAGGAGGAGGAGGAGGUGCAGCGCCGUGCCUUCUUGUUCCUCAACCCAGAUGACUUUCUGAAUGAUGAGGACGAGGGGGAGCUGCUGGACAGUCUGGAGCCUACUGAGGCAGCCGCACCUCGGCGCAGACACAGGCCUCCUGUACCAGCGGCCCCCACAAAGCAUGGUCUGGAGCCCCCAGCUUCCCGCGAUCCUCCACCACGCCGCUCCCGUGGGCUACACUGGGCCUCGCGCCCUCUGCCCCUCUUCCUGGGCCAUGCGCCACCCCCGCGCGCCGCCAAGCCUCCUACCAAGGUGUACGUGACUCGAGUGCGGCCCCGACCACAGGCAUCCCCUCGCAGUCCAGCCUGGCCGCCUCUGGCCGGCGUUCUUUUGCGCGCCCGGGGCCUGCCGCAAGUUAAGCUGCGCGCACCGAGGCCCCAGCGCCGGUUCCGCAGGCCUAGGCCCCGGGAUACAGAGCCCCAUGCACCACCCACCCCAGGGGCCCCACAGGCCCACACACCCGCGGCAAACAUAAACACAUUUGCCACUGUGCAGCCGGUGACCUCCUUCCUGAGCUUGUCCCAGGUGACCCAGCAGCAGCUACCCGCAGAGGGCGGGGAUGAGGAGGAAGGGGCCCCGGGCGAUGAGGCAGCAUCAGAGGACAGCGAGGAGGAUGCUGUGGGCCGAGUGCCCAAGCGCUGGCGAGAGGACGCCAUCGACUGGCAGCGCACAUUCAGUGUGGGCUCCGUGGAUUUCGAGCUGCUGCGCUCGGACUGGAACGACCUACGCUGCAACGUGUCCGGCAAUCUGCAACUGCCUGAGGCCGAGGCCGUGGAAGUGGCAGCCCAGUACAUGGAGCGGCUCAAUGCGCGCCACGGAGGGCGCUUCGCGCUCCUGCGCAUUGUAAAUGUAGAGAAGCGCCGGGACUCGGCCCGCGGCAGCCGCUUCCUGCUGGAGCUCGAGCUACAGGAGCGCAGUGGGGGCCGCCUGCGCCUUUCGGAGUUCGUCUUCCUCCGCCUGCCUAGCGCGCACACCCGAAGUGAGGAGGGAGGGAACCCCGAGUCCGUGCUCACCGCUUCCACACACCCAGACGGCCGCCCUGAACUCUGCCGCCCUCUGCGCCUGGCCUGGCGCCAGGACGUCGCCGUGCACUUCAUCGUGCCAGUUAAGAACCAGGCACGCUGGGUGGUCCAGUUUCUGGCGGACAUGGCCUCACUGCACAUGCACACCGGGGACUCGCACUUCAGCGUCAUCCUGGUGGACUUUGAAAGCGAGGACAUGGACGUGGAGCGUGCCCUGCGUCAGGCACGGUUGCCCAGAUAUCAAUACUUGAGACGAACAGGAAACUUCGAGCGCUCUGCAGGGCUGCAAGCCGGAGUGGACGCUGUGGAGGACCCCAGCAGCAUCGUUUUCCUCUGCGACCUACACAUCCACUUCCCACCUAGUAUUCUGGACAGUAUCCGAAAGCACUGCGUGGAGGGCACGCUGGCCUUCGCCCCUGUGGUCAUGCGCCUGGGAUGCGGGAGCUCCCCUCGAAAUCCACAUGGUUACUGGGAAGUGAAUGGCUUUGGCCUCUUCGGGAUCUACAAAUCGGACUUUGACCGCGUGGGAGGCAUGAACACUGAGGAGUUCCGAGACCAGUGGGGGGGAGAGGACUGGGAGCUCCUGGACAGGGUCCUGCAGGCAGGGCUGGAGGUGGAGCGACUCCGACUUCGAAAUUUCUACCACCACUACCACUCCAAGCGAGGGAUGUGGGGCACACGCAGCCACAAAGAUACCCACAAGGAGCCGUCCUGAGAGUGGCCAGUCACUCCAGCCUGAUCCCAGGAGCACAGCCACCACGUGCCUCCCCUUGGCCUGCCAUGCCCUUGUGACCUCCCCAGAGAGCCUUCCCAGUGGGCCAGCCAGACUGCCUCGGUCCCCACAGUCAGAUGAUUUCUGUGAAAUUUUCAGUAGCGAUGACAUUGUUUUCAGAAUUUCGAGAGUACUGUCUGUUCCGUUUUUUAUUCAGAAUGAAAUGAAAUAUUUUUUUUAGUUCUGA